CUGAAAACUUAGAAUGUUUGAAUCUAAAUCACGUGAUCUGCUCAACCAAUCGUGCCCUCCCGUGCUGUGACGUUUGAGGUUGCUUACAGAAAGGCCUAGGAGCAUCAGCAGCCCUCCGUCUGUCAACAUACGCGCAGCUACGGGAUGGUGUGAUAUGAGGGGAAGUGAAAGAGGGAACGGCCACCUCUGUGAGCAUGGCCUCGGAGCUCCACGAUGCCAUCAUCAUUGCCAAACAGGAGCGCCACAAGAACCUGUUCCUCAACUACAGGAACCUAAACAUCUUUCCGGUGGAGCUCUUAAAAGAUGAUGGCCUGCAGUUCCUGGAGAGACUGUAUAUGAAAAGAAACUCGCUCACCACACUGCCUGAUAAUCUGGCACAAAAACUCCCUAACCUGAUUGAACUGUAUCUCCACUCAAACAACAUUGCUUUUAUUCCACAAGCUAUUGGUAACUUGGCGAGGCUGCAGUCGCUGGAUCUGAGUGAUAACGCGCUGCAGGUGAUCUGCCCCGAGAUCGGACGCCUGCGCUCGUUACGCCACCUACGACUGUCCAACAACCAGCUGAAAUGCCUUCCACAAGAGCUGGGGGAUUUGAUGGGGCUGGAGACUCUGGACGUGUCCAUGAAUCUGUUGAGGACUCUCCCGGAGCAGCUGCACCAGUGUGUGUCCCUGCAGCGUCUGACUGCUGACCGGAACUUCCUGCAAUGCCUCCCGCGUCAGCUGUGUCAGCUGCCAGACCUUAAUGAGCUGUUCAUGGCUGCAAAUUGCCUCAGAUCACUGCCUCUGGAUCUCGGACGCUCGAUGGAGCUGCAGUUUGUCUUUGUGGACAACAACGUUCACCUCAAGGGUCUGCCAUCUUACCUGUACAACAAGGUCAUCGGCUGCAACGGGUGUGGCGUUUCUCCACAUGUCUCUGACGCGACACAGCUGUCCCUGAACUUCGGAGAUCUGAAUGUGCCUCUGCCCUCUGAAGUGAAGGCUAUCGGCACCGAGGCUGACCGUGUGCUGACAUUAGAAGAGAUGGCAAUGAGAAAACUGGAUGUAGCCUACAGCAGAAACAAGAAGGACUCUGCGUUCUUACCGGCGUUCCUGCUGCCCAGCAGUCUGUUCGAGCUGUUUCAGUGUCCUCUGGGUCACUGCCAUCGCUGCAGCCAGCCCAUGUUCACUAUUGUCUACCCCAAACUAUUUCCUCUCAAAAACACAGCGCUGGCUGGAGUGCACAGGAGAACGACGGUGAGUUUUGUAGCAUACUGCUGCUCCAGCCAAUGUUUGAAGAUGUUUGACCUACAGGGUUGAUACCACCAUUUCAUCCAUCACGGUGCUGUCGUCAAGAUGUGCCAGUAGAACGUCGUGAUACCUUCUAUUAAUCGUGUGCUACCGACUAACACGUGGACACCUUGGCAUUCCAGAUGAUAUUAAAGAGUAAAAGUUUUGGCACCCACUCAGAGUUCGUACAUACAAGCUCCUUCGUUUGCCAGUAUUGGCACUUUCUCUACAAAAUAAGAAUAGUUUUAUUUUAUGUAGUGUUUUCAUUUUUAACUGAUCCAAAAAGAAGCUCUUCUACAAAUCGUACCCAGACCUCUUGAAAGAUGAAAAGUUAUUUUGAAUACAGGCAAACUUUCUACUUGAUGAAGUGCCCAGACGAUUCGCAGAACUGCCUUAUUGAAGUAUUUAUUCUUAUAAGGAUUUGAUCUUGUUUCUGGAGAUUUUCUGUUUGAAAUUUUUGGAAUGACUUUUCUUUGACUGUUCUAGAGCCAGUGGAGCACUACAGAAUCAUGUACAGAUCAUGCGGAGGAAUACUGUUAUUAGAGGAAAAAUUAACUCGCCCUGAUGUUGAUGAAAAACCAAGAAGUUUGAUGUUUUACCAUCCCCCUCUAAUGUUGCUAACAAGUAGCAGAAUAAAUAUCUAAAGAAGCAAAUGACAGACACACAAAAAAAAAAAACUAGUUGUGUAAAUUGAAUAUUUAUUCCUAAAACACUCCUUCAAUGCAUCAUGAUGUCCUCUAAUAAAUACAUUGUUUGUGUUUUCAACCACAA